CCUCUUCUCCCUCUCACCACAUUCUAUGUGCAAGUAUGUCAUAUGUAUAUAUGCAGUGAUGAUCAUGGCCGCACAAAACAAUACCAGAAGCUCACUCUGAGUUGUGUAACUGAUCAACACUCCCCCAAAAUCCCCACCUCCGGCCUAAAAACCUUCUUCUUAGGCUAAGGCAAUGUCCAAGCAUCUAACCCUCUCCUUCCUCCUCUUCUUCUUCCUGAUCUUAUGCGAUCCCUCCUAUGGCCGCUUCAUCACCCACAGCACGCGGUACUUCUCUUUAUCCUCUGAUCUAGUCUCCGAUGGGGUCCAGCAGCUCCGUGGCCAGCCCUACCUCGCUCUCAACCGGUCCUCUUCCUUCUCUGACGAGUCCCCUUGCGAGCAGACCUACGGCUUCUUGCCCUGCACCACCACCAUCCUCGGAAAUAUCUUCCUCAUCCUCGUCUAUGACUUCCUCAUGUUCCUCUCCGCCAUCUGUUUGUCCUAUGGCAGCGAGCACUUGUUAAAGAUUCUUGGCCCUGGUAUUGUCGGCGGUUUGUUACUUCCAAUCCUCAGCGCGCUUCCGGAUGCCAUGCUUACUCUCGUAUCCGGUCUAUCAGGAAGCACAGAAACUGCUCAAAGUCAACUUUCUGUUGGUAUGGGCUUGCUAGCUGGUUCAACUAUUACAUUUCUUACGAUAAUAUGGGGAACAUGCGUCAUUGUUGGCAAGUGCGACAUCGUUGAUAGAGUUGCAAUAGAUUUACAAGAUACAAAAGGGUUUGACUUAACUGAAUCGGGUGUUAGUACUGAUAUCUGGACUAACUAUACUGCAAGAAUUAUGCUGAUUUCUGUCAUCCCAUUUUUAAUCGUUCAAAUACCACAAGUUCUCAGUUCAACGUCGGGGAGGCACUUGGCAGUCUUGAUUGCCAUUAUUGUCUCUCUCCUACUAUUGAUUUCCUAUUGUCUUUAUCAAGUCCUUCAACCUUGGAUCCAGAGACAGAAAAUAUCUUAUGUGAAGCACAAGCGUGUUAUAUUAGGACUUCUAAGGCAUCUAAAAGAUCGAGCAGUGGGGAGGCUGCUAAGCGAUAAUGGUGAACCUAAUGAGGAAGGCAUUAAAAAGUUGUUUUCUGUAGUAGACACAAAUGGAGAUGGAAACAUUUCAUAUGGUGAAUUGAGAGCAUUGCUUGUUGGAAUUCGAUUUGAAGAGAUUGACCUGAAAGAGGAUAAUGCUCUAGAUAAAUUAAUGAGAGAUUUUGAUACAUACCAAGAUGGUCAGAUUGACGAGACAGAGUUUGUCAAAUUCAUUUCUAAAUGGCUGAAGAGGGCAUUAAUGCCUAUACGGAUUGCCUCUAGUGGUCAUGGUUCUCACACGCUUGGGUUUUUAGAUGCCAUUCACCAGGACACAUAUAGAGAGCAUGAUUUGUUGGAUGUGGGUGAUGAAAGCGAUGAAGAAUUUAAGGAUGCUGGGGGUUCCAGGUGGACAUCUAUCAAAGCAGUGCUAUUGUUGCUGCUGGGAACUCUCAUUGCUAUCGCAUUUGCUGACCCCUUGGUAGAUGCUAUUGAUAACUUUGCUGAUGCCACCGGUAUUCCUUCUUUCUUCGUCUCCUUCAUCGCGCUGCCUUUGGCUACCAACUCUAGCGAAGCCGUGUCAGCGGUUAUAUCUGCUAGGCGUCGCAAACGUGAAAUUGCCUCCUUAACAUUUUCCUCGCUAUAUGGGACAAUAACAAUGAAUAAUGUUCUCUGCAUCUCAGUGUUCUUAGCCCUUGUUAACUUUAGGGGAUUGACAUGGGAUUUCUCAUCUGAAGUGCUGGUUAUUAUUAUUGUCUGCGUUGUGGUGGGUUGCUUCGCCAGCUUCCGCACCCAUUUCCCUCUCUGGACAGCUCUUGUAGCUUUCCUACUUUACCCAAUCUCCCUCGCCCUGAUCUAUGUUCUCGUCUAUGUUUUGGUCUGGCCAUAGGUUCACGGAUACAUUCCAUUUUCUGUACAAAGAACCGAGUUGUUGCUUUCUAAUCAGAUGUUACUGUUUAUUUCAUAAUACAUUUAAGCGUCUUGAUUUAUACUUAUUACUGGUUUGGACAUUUAGAAUA